AUGGAGCACGCUCAAACCGAUAUACGCCAAAAAGAUGAACAGGAGGCCAAACAGGAGACCCGCCAUGAUGUCUGGGGUGAUGUUCACAUAAUGCGAGAAGCAGAAAGCUUUGCCCGCCGCGUUGUAUCCGACGAGGUAGCCCGCUUCACACAGCAACGCGGCAUCUGUGGUGGCGUUUGCCUUUUUGGCCUUGGCUUGAACAGUAAGGCGGCGUGCGAGAGGGCUCUGAAUCUCCACAGAGUUAGCGUCGUUGCCAGUAAAGGCAAAGUCCGUCUUACCACCCGUAGCAGCGUUGAGGCUGCUGGAGGCUGUCUCGAUGACGGUGUCCACAUCGGGCAGCGACAUCGACUCGGGCAGUUGAAUGACGAGCAAGUCUGUCUUGCCGUUGGCAAUCAUAGCUUGUCCCUCUGCGGACGUGAUAAACACAUCCAAGUCGUGGGCGCCCACAAUAUGGGGCUUGGCGCUCGUCAUUUCGGGAAGAAGUGGCUUCAACCGGGUAGUGUGUGGAAUGACCACGGACGACACAGAGUUUUGAACGGCACGUUGCACGUAGGAGCCUGCCCCACUAGAAAGUUGAGAAACGUCCUCCGAGGCCAACGAUGGCAAAAGGAACAAGCACAUAAUCUCUGCCUGUUGGGAUGCAGAUGCUUGGGUGCUCAGCACGCCCUGAAGUAA